AUGCGCGAGAUCGUCCACCUUCAGACUGGCCAGUGCGGCAACCAGAUUGGUGCCAAGUUCUGGGAGGUCGUUUCCGAUGAGCACGGAAUUGCCGGCGAUGGCAAGUACCAGGGCAACAACGACCUCCAGCUUGAGUACAACAAGUACGUUCCUCGUGCUGUGCUUGUCGAUCUCGAGCCUGGUACAAUGGACUCGGUCCGCUCGGGUCCUCUCGGUAACUUGUUCCGUCCCGACAACUUUGUCUUUGGACAGAGCGGUGCUGGUAACAACUGGGCCAAGGGCCAUUACACCGAGGGUGCAGAGCUUGUGGAUGCGGUGCUCGAUGUGACACGCAAGGAGGCCGAAGGAUGUGACUGCCUUCAAGGCUUCCAGAUUACCCACUCGCUGGGUGGAGGAGUACCCCGACGCAUGAUGUGCACGUUCUCGGUCGUUCCUUCCCCCAAGGUCUCGGAUACCGUUGUCGAGCCUUACAAUGCCACUCUUUCGGUCCACCAGCUCGUUGAGAACUCUGACGAGACUUUCUGCAUUGACAACGAGGCCUUGUACGAUAUCUGCUUCCGCACGCUUAAGCUCUCUACUCCUACGUACGGCGAUCUGAACCAUCUCGUAUCUAUCGUCAUGUCUGGUGUUACCACCUGCUUGCGCUUCCCUGGUCAGCUUAACUCUGACUUGCGCAAACUCGCUGUCAACAUGGUUCCUUUCCCUCGUUUGCACUUCUUCAUGGUCGGCUUUGCGCCUUUGACCGCGCGUGGUUCCGUUCAGUACCGCGCUGUCUCCGUCCCUGAACUCACCCAACAAAUGUUCGAUGCCAAGAACAUGAUGGCUGCUUCUGACCCUCGCCACGGCCGCUACCUCACCGUUGCUGCCUUCUUCCGCGGCAAGGUCUCGAUGAAGGAAGUCGAAGAGCAGAUGCAGAACGUUCAGAACAAGAACUCGGCCUACUUCGUCGAGUGGAUCCCCAACAACGUUCUCACUGCUCAGUGUGACAUUCCUCCUCGUGGCAUGAAGAUGGCUGCUACCUUCAUUGGUAACUCGACUGCCAUCCAGGAGCUGUUCAAGCGUGUCAGCGAGCAAUUCUCGGCCAUGUUCAAGCGCAAGGCCUUCUUGCAUUGGUACACCCAGGAGGGUAUGGACGAGAUGGAGUUCACCGAGGCCGAGUCGAACAUGCAAGAUCUCGUCGCCGAGUACCAACAGUACCAGGACGCCAGUGUCGAGGAGGAGGCCGAGUACGAGGACGAUGUUCCAGCGGAAGAGCAGUAA